AUGGAGAAGAGGGCGAAGGAUAUCGAGAAUGUCGAUCCUGAUUUCGACGUUGACAGUCUUGGUCUCGGGCCUGAGAUUGAAGCUCGGGAGAAAGCUUUGGUUUGGAAGCAGGAUUUGCACAUUGUGCCUCUUUGUGCGGCGAUUUAUCUUUUAUGUUAUUUGGAUCGCUCGAACAUUGGAAAUGCGAAAAUUCUUAAUGAAGAUACCCGUAAUGACCUUCUUUCGGAGACAAAUAUGACAUCUUACCAGUACACCAUUGCACUAAUGGUCUUCCUAAUCGCCUACGCCCUAUUCGAAGUACCCUCAAACUACUUCCUAAAAAAGCUAAAACCAAGCCGCUGGAUUUCCUUCCUAAUGCUAUCCUGGGGCGCAACAACAAUGGGCCUCGGCGGCGUCCACAACUACGCCCAAGUUACAGGCCUCCGCUUUCUCCUCGGCGUCAUGGAAGCAGGCUUAUUCCCCGGCUUCGUCUACUAUUUAACAUUCUGGUACCGCACGUCCGAGCGCUCCAUGCGCGUGGCUCUAAUCCUGGCCUCGGCUACAUUGGCAGGCGCCUUUGGCGGGGCUAUCGCCUACGGCGUCGGACAUAUGAAUGGUGCGCACGGGUUAUCUGCCUGGCGGUGGUUGUUUAUUAUUGAGGGCGCGCCGUCUUGUGCGUCGGCUGUGCUAGUCUGGUUCUUUUUGCCGGAUUAUCCGGAGACGGCGAACUGGCUCUCGGCUGAGGAAAAGGAGCUUGCGGCGAAGAGGUUGGUUGUUGAGGGGUCGCAUGGUUCGGCGAGGGCUAUGUCGUGGGAGGAUGCGAGGGGUGUUCUUGUUGAUUGGAGGUUGUAUGCUCAUUAUGCGGUGUAUUUUGGCAUCUCGACGCCUUUUUCAAGUCUGUCGCUUUUCACGCCGGCGAUUACUUCUGGUCUUGGGUAUUCGAAUCUGCGCGCUCAGUUGAUGACCGUGCCGCCGUAUGCUGUUGCUUAUGUGGUGACUGUGGCAGUUUCAUGGUCUGCAGACCAUUUCAAUAGCCGCGGUCUGCAUUCUGCGAUUUUCUCCUUCAUCGGCGCGAUGGGUUUUCUCGCUUCUGCCGUUCUCCCUGCUGAUGCGUACUUGCGUCGGUAUGGUUGCCUCAUUGUCGCAGCCAGCGGCGCCUUCGCUUGCAUCCCACCACUUCUCGGCUGGCUUUCUUCGAAUAUACGCUCCACCGCCGGCGCAGGGCUGGCUAUUGCAUUGAAUGUCUCUUUUGGCGCGCCGGGACAAAUCGUGGGAGUGUGGAUCUAUAAAAGCGACGAGGCGCAAAAGGGGUAUCCGACCGGGCAUUGGACUAAUGCGGCGCUACUGCUUUUCGUAACACUUGGAUGUAUUCUCCUGAGGGUAUAUUACGGGUGGCGAAAUAAGCGGCAGAAUGGUGAUGGUAGUGGAAAGAGGUUUGCGUACUGA